UAUCGAAAAUUUCAUCUAGACUCCAUCGUUUUCUCCUCAGCAGAUCACUUGCGUCCGUUUGAAACGACUCUUUAUUUAAGUUCAUCUUGAAUACCGAGUUCAAGUUUUCCAUAAUGGGUAGUAUUAAAGGGAUUGUUUUAGUGCUCGUGCUUGUCGUGAUAAGUUUCGUAAAAACGAAAAACUUCGGUGUCGGCAUAAACGAAAACAAAUCCAUCGAACAUGAUUUCCAAACGAACGAUACCAAAAUCAUAAACUGUCCGACAAAUAAAGAAUCGAUUGAUGAAUUUCCAUCGGAUAUCUUUAGCCAGUUCCAGAGAAUACACGGUGCCAUAAUAUUCCAUUUGAUAAUCGGAUUCUAUUGUUUCGUAUUGAUCGCAUUCGUCUGCAAUGAUUACUUUUUACCAUCGGUGUUUUGUAUUUGCCAAGAUUUGCAUUUAUCACCCGAUGUUGCUGGGGCGACAUUUAUGUCAACUGCAACUUGUACCCCGGAGUUAUUCGUUAAUAUUAUUGGAACUUAUUUGACCAAGUCCGAUCUAGGAAUUGGAGCGGUAAAUGGCAAUGCAGUUAAUAUACUCGUAAUAACCGCGUGCGCCGGACUCGCUGCCAGCAAGAAUAUAAAAUUGGAAGUCUGGCCUUUGCUACGUGAUAGCGGAACUUACAUAAUCGUGGUCGGAUUAUUAGCAGUGAUAUUGGUCGACGGAGUCGUCCAGUGGUACGAAGCUCUCGUACUGUGCAUCUUAUACUUUGUGUAUUUCACCCUGAUGUUAACCCAAAACCGUAUCAAAACUGUGGCCAAUAAAAUACUACCUUGGAAGAAUUCUUUAAAUUCGACAUCUUCGAUGAACGCAAUUAUGUCUGUACCUGCAGAACAUUGUUACGGAACAUAUAAACCUUUUUAUAUCGGCGAUUAUGUUCCUCAUGGACAUGAACAUGGUUCCCAUAAUCAUAAUUCUCAUAACGAAAAGCCACCGCAACAAAACAAAGAAGGCAACAACGAAAAACAAAGCAUCGAUGAAAUCGAACCCAUAUGCUCACCUCCUGGAGGAUUUUUGAUGAAUAUUUGGUGGUUGUUGUCGGUACCAGUGUCACUGGUAUUAUCCGUAUCCAUUCCAGACUGCAAAAAGUAUAGGAAGAUCUAUCCGUUGACGUUCAUCAUGUGUAUUGUUUGGAUUGGAAUUUCUUCGUAUAUUGUGUCCUGGAUGAUGACAAUAUUCGGUUACACAUUCCACAUCAACGAUGCAGUGAUGGGUACAACAUUCAUAGCAAUCGGUGGCAGUAUUCCAGAGACAUCUUCUGCCAUUAUAAAUGCAAGAAAAAAUGGAAUUGGAUCCAUGUCAAUUAGCAAUGCCUUGGGAGCGAGUACUUUGGAUAUUUUGUUAUGUUUAGGAGGACCAUGGUUAAUGAAAACAUUACUUCCUGUUGAAAUUGGUGGAGGACCGAUCACGUUAGAAACUCGUGGUCUUACUUUUAAUUGCUUAUGUUUGAUAGUAAGCGUUGUAACUUUAAAUAUUGUAACUUACUGUAACUCUUUUCAUAUGAAUCGUGUGUACGGUUUUAUUUGUUUAUUAUGUUAUUUUAUCUUCGUCACGCUUUUGAUAUUGUCUGAUAUGAACAUUUUAUUCAAUUUUGGAACAAAUGCUUGCAGCUGAGAGUAGGAUCAUAUCUUACAACUUCUUGUUAUUAAAUUCGAACAAUAUAUUAUUAUGGUCUUGCAAUUCUGUCAAUUGAAAGCACUAUGAAUAUGGUCCAACUGAUCGAUGACUUUUGCACAGAAAAAGGCUAGAAAAGGGCAUUUUAAAUGAUAUGUGCUACUAAAGUUAGUUAUUUUGUAAGUGUUCAAA